UGCCGGAAGUACUCGGGGAGGGCCGAGCAGUCGGACCGGCUGCUGAGACGAGCGCUUCACUGGGGCAGUCUCCGCAUAUCAUGGGGAGAUAGACGCUGCUGCCUUUGAUUGGCCUUGGUCCUCAUAGCUCCAAAAAGAAACAGGAUCUCGAUAAGCUCUAUGAGCUGAAGUCCAAAGCGCGGCAGAUUAUGAACCAGUUUGGCCCCUCAGCCCUAAUCAACCUGUCCAAUUUCUCAUCAAUAAAACCGGAACCAGCUAGCACCCCUCCACAAGGCUCCAUGGCCAAUAGCACUACAGUGGUAAAGAUCCCAGGCACUCCUGGGACGGGAGGGCGUCUCAGCCCUGAAAACAAUCAGGUAUUGACCAAGAAGAAAUUACAAGACUUAGUAAGAGAAGUGGAUCCUAAUGAGCAAUUGGAUGAAGAUGUGGAGGAGAUGCUGCUGCAGAUUGCUGAUGAUUUUAUCGAGAGCGUGGUGACAGCAGCGUGCCAGCUUGCUCGGCAUCGCAAGUCCAGCACCCUGGAGGUGAAAGAUGUCCAGCUGCAUCUAGAACGCCAGUGGAACAUGUGGAUCCCAGGGUUUGGCUCUGAAGAAAUACGACCCUACAAAAAAGCUUGCACCACAGAAGCUCACAAACAGAGAAUGGCAUUGAUCCGGAAAACAACCAAGAAAUAACACACGGAAAGGUCAGGGAAUGGACAACAAUGUAUUUGGAGAUACUUGAGCUGAGACCUCAGCCAUCUCAUCCUUGGAUUUUUUUUUUUUAAUGCUUUACAGAGAAGCAUAUAUUUUUUAUUAACAGUGCAGCAAUAUCUAUAAUGACUGAGAGGAUCUGCCAAAAGAAUAAAGCCUCCUACCCCAACUUCCGGUCCCUUUUUCCUGCCAUCUCAAAGAGGAGCAGUGUAUCUUCCAGAGAAGAUUUUAUUUGUGGUUUAUUAUAUAAGUGAUUGAAUUGGGGAAAAGCAUUAUGGUCUUGUUUGGUGAGAGAGUAUUAGCAGGAUUUGUAGAGGUUUUUGUUUCCUUCUCCCUCCCCCUUUUCCCUGUACUUUGUAAUGUCAGUGUUUAUAUGAAUAUGACUUUCAUUUGCUUUUCCAGAAUAAAGAAGUUAUUAAUCGAAA